AUGUCCGGUACACAGGAGACGCCGUACGCGCACGCCACAUUGUCUCGGCAAACUUCUUUGACCUCUUCGCCCUGGCUUCCUGUCCUCGGUCCGCAAAGAGCUGCUCCGAGACCUCAUCCACUCGGCAAGGAUAUACGUCUACGUAUUCACCUCGACGGGUGCAAGGGUCUACCUCAACCGAAGACUUCUUCCGAGAGUUCUGCGCCCCGAAAGUUUAAAGUCACCAUCCAGUAUACAUCGAGCACGGAUGUACGUGGCGAUCUUACUUCCUCAUUUGCUAGUGAGGGCAGAGGGCACCGUCAAGGCACGUUGCAAUGGGAUGACACUCUAUACCUUACCUGUUUCGAGCACAGCUUUGUUCGAAUCCUCUUGUGUGAUGGAUACUACAGAAUCUGCGAGCGUGUUUGCCCUGCCGUUGAUCUGUUACAAGUUUCUUCUGUCCCGGCUAAUAGCGAAGAGAGCCACGUACUUGAGAACGACAGCAGUGUGACAUCCCAGAGCGAAGAUGCUUUCUCUAGAUCACAACUGGCGGCAAGGUCAUGGGAUGUUGCCUUUCGUGGAAUAUCCUCUUUUGCGGGUGUCGUCUCUCAAGCAAAUAUUGCGAGUACUGCGGAAUAUAUAUAUCGGACUCAGUUGUGGACCUACACAGCGUACCAGGCAUGCAAUGUCGCAGGACAAAUUGAUGAUACACGAAUUGACAGCCUACUCAACACCUUGGCCAUGGCUGCGAAUGAAUGUGUACAGGUGCAAUCCACACAUAUACUGCACAGGAAGAGUUGCGUUGAGCAAAUCACUACACAAUUACACUGGCUAGCAAAACUUGUGUAUAAGCUUACCGAUGAUAGCAAUUCCGCCCCUAACGCAUACCGCGAAGAAGGACUGGCAAGACUGGUCGUAAUCCUCGUCACACCGGACCCACCCACCGGAGUCAGCAGCACUUCCACCGGCGGCGAUUGGACCGCACUCUACGGUACAAUCGCCAAGGAUGCGCUCCUCUUCACCUUAGAGGGAAUCGUACAGUCGUCCGACGCCUUUCCGCCUCUGAAGAGCGCAGCGAGCGGGCUUCUGUUCUUCGCGACAUCGGCAGAUAUGGCAUCGAACAACAAGAAGCACAUCCGAGACAUCCACAAGCGCGUCAACAACCUGGCCGCUUCGCUCAGAUGUGGCGCCGAAGACGGUAGCAUGCUCUCGUCGGCGCAUCACAACGCAAUUGGCGUUCUCGCCGCUGACAUCUCAGCGCUGAAGGAAGACCUCGAAGCCAUCGUCCACGAACGCAAGAGCCGCUUCAGGCGCUUCUUCAGCGCGAGGCGACAUCGUGAGGAGCUGCAAGACAUUGUCCAGCAGAUGGACCAUGCGCGGUUGAACUACACCUCGCCACGCUGA